UUGUAGUUGAAUAAUGUUUAUAAUGUUUUGUUAUAAACCAAUCAAAAUUUCGAUUAAUCGAUUAUGAUCCCACUAUCUUUAUUCGUUCUAAAAAUGAGUGAGUUAUCCAUCCGACCAGAACAGUUUCGUGGAAUAGUUGUGUUAUAAUUAGAAUUAGAAAACCUUCAUUAAAACUCCUUUUACAUUAAUACUAAAGAUGCAGAAUCCAAAUGAAGAUACUGAGUGGAAUGAUGUCCUUAGGGCUAAGGGAAUUAUUCCUCCAAAGGAGAAAGAAAUUACAGAAGAAACAAUUGUUGAAAUGUUAGAAAAUACUAUUGAUAAGAAAGUUAACCAAAAUGGCAAACAAUUAUCAGAAUUAAACUUGGAUGAAUUAGAUGAAUUAGAAGACUCAGAAGAUGAAGCUGUAUUAUUAGAGUAUCGAAACAAAAGAAUAGCUGAAUUGAAACAAUUAGCUAGUAAAACUAUAUUUGGUUCAGUUGGUGAAAUUUCUGGGCAGGACUAUGUACAAGAGGUGAACAAAGCUGGUAACGGAAUUUGGGUCGUUUUACAUUUAUACAAGCAAGGCAUUCCUUUAUGUGCUCUUCUGAAUCAACACAUGGCAGUGCUUUCCCAGAAGUUUAAAACAACAAAAUUUUUAAAGGCAAUAGCUACAACUUGUAUACCAAACUACCCUGAAAAAAAUUUACCCAGUAUAUUUAUCUACUUUGAGGGUGAAAUGAAAAAACAGUUUAUUGGACCCAUAGAGCUACGCGGUCCAAAUAUUUCUUAUGAUGAAUUUGAGUAUUUAAUUGGAAAAGUUGGUGCAGUCAAUACUGAUAUCACUGAUGAUCCCAGGCCAGUUGUUAAAGAUAAAUUAUUCAGUGAUUUGGCCGAUUCCAAUGACUGGUAAUCUUCUAUUAAUCAUUAAUCUGGUACAUAUGCAAACAAUUUUUUUUACAACAUGUUGGACUAUGAAGAAUACAAUUCUGAUUAAGAAAAAUCCUCAAUAAAAAAUAUCAUUAAAUAUAUUUAAGAAAAUGUAGAUACAAGAAUUGAAAAUGCAUUUACUGCUUUUGUUUUUAUCUGCAUUAUCUGUAGUUAAUAUAUACUCUAUAUAUUUAUUUAACAA